AUCUGUCUAUAUCCAUGAAGCCAACAAGUUUCACACGUUCCAAUAAAGCCUGGCCGAACACUUCAAUAUUCUGUCAAAGAAUUGAACGUUCCACCCAACGCACAGCGUCCCGCCCCUCUACCCAUUCUGGAACUACGCUUCCUGCGUAAGCCCGCCCCCUCUUGCGUGCGACCCUUGGCGGGCGGUGUUGGCGCUCUGUGCGGCUGCUGCUGCUGUUUCUUUUGCUGCCGCUUUCUGUCAAAUCCCGUGGUUCCUGUGUGAAAGCCGUGUUCCUUUCACCUUCCCGGUGCAAUGGCGCAGAGUACCCCGCCUGUUUUUCCAGCUGUUCAGGCCGGGCUAAGGGAGGCCUUGUUGGAGACCCUGAGUGGCAUCCUUUCUCCUGGACAUGAGGUGCGAGCGGCAGCGGAGGAACAGCUCAAAGUGUUAGAAGUGACUGAGGAGUUUGGGGUACACUUGGCAGAGCUGACUGUGGAUCCACAGGGUGCCCUUGCCAUCCGACAGCUGGCAUCUGUGGUGUUAAAGCAGUAUGUAGAGAAUCACUGGUGUGCCCAAUCAGAGAGGUUUAGGUUGCCUGAGACCACAGAAAGGGCAAAAGCUGCCAUUCGUCUACUUCUCCCCCGUGGUUUGAGGGAAUCUAUCAGUAAGGUGCGAUCAAGUGUGGCAUAUGCUGUGUCUGCCAUUGCCCACUGGGACUGGCCUGAGGCAUGGCCACAACUCUUCAGUCUGCUUAUGGAAAUGCUGGUGAGCGGGGAAGUAAACGCUGUACAUGGGGCAAUGAGAGUUUUGACAGAAUUUACAAGAGAAGUAACAGACACACAAAUGCCUCUGGUUGCUCCCGUAAUUCUUCCAGAGAUGUACAAGAUAUUUACUAUGAGUGAGGUCUAUGGGAUUCGAACUCGUGCACGUGCUGUGGAAAUUUUUACAACUUGUGCGCAUAUGGUAUGCACCAUGGAGGAAAUAGAGAAGGGUGUUGCACAUGCUUUGAUCUUCCCUGUGGUGCAACAGUUCACAGAUGCAUUUGUCCAAGCGUUGCAGAUGCCCGAUGGUCCUACAUCUGACAGUGGUCUUAAGAUGGAAGUCUUAAAGGCGGUGACUGCUUUAGUGAAAAAUUUUCCUAAACAAAUGGUUUCAUCGAUGCAGCAGAUACUACCUAUUGUAUGGAACACGCUUACCGAGAGCGCUACUUUCUAUGUCCGUACUGAAGUAAAUGAUACUGAGGAAUUGGAGGAUCCCGUGGAUUCUGAUGGAGAAGUGCUUGGUUUUGAAAACCUGAUAUUUAGUAUCUUUGAGUUUGUGCACACUUUACUGGAGAACAAAUUUAAAGCAACUGUUAAAAAAGCUCUGCCAGAAUUAAUCUAUUACAUUAUACUCUACAUGCAGAUCACAGAUGAACAGAUAAAGGUCUGGACUGCAAAUCCCCAGCAGUUUGUUGAGGAUGAAGAUGAUGAUACAUUUUCCUACACUGUUCGUAUUGCAGCUCAGGAUCUGCUCUUGGCAUUGUCUAGUGAGUUUCAAAAUGAGAGUGCUGCGGCACUUGCUGCUGCAGCUACCCGCCACUUCCACGAGGCAGAACAAAACAAGAACCAGAAUGGAGAGCACUGGUGGAAGAUACACGAGGCGAGCAUGCUGGCCCUCGGCUCAGUGAAGUCUGCGUUUAUAGAUGGUGUGCAGAGCGGACAAGUUCAGUUUGAUAUGGCUGGGUUCUUGACUGGCAUUAUCCUCUCUGAUCUCAAUCUAUCCGUAUCACCUUUUUUGCUUGGUCGCUCUCUCUGGGCUGCAAGUCGGUUCACAGCUGCAAUGUCUCCUGAGCUCAUCCAGCAGUUUCUUCAAGCCACAGUGAGUGGUCUGCAUGAGAAUCAGCCUCCCUCUGUUCGUAUAUCAGCGGUCAGAGCCAUUUGGGGGUACUGUGAUCAGCUAAAGACCUCAGAAAGCACACAUGUUUUGCAACCUUUCUUGCCGAGUGUUGUGGAUGGCCUUAUAAACCUGGCAGCUCAGUUUACUUCGGAGGUGCUGAAUCUAGUAUUGGAGACGCUGUGCAUUGUAUGCAGUGUAGACCCAGCUUUUACUUCCAAGACUGAACCCAAAAUUUGCCCCUUUGCAAUUGCGAUCUUCCUAAAAUACAGUAAUGACCCUGUGGUAGCUUCACUGGCUCAGGACAUCUUUAAGGAACUUGCCCAGAUUGAGGGAUGUCAGACUGCAAUGCAGAUGAGACUUAUUCCCACACUUGUUAGCAUCAUGCAGGCGCCUGCAGACAAGAUUCCUUCAGGUCUUUGUGGUACUUCCAUUGACAUUUUGACCACAGUUGUGAGAAAUACAAAGCCACCCCUUUCUGAAAUGCUAAUUUGCCAGGCCUUUCCUGCUGUUGCUCAGUGCACUCUUCGCACAGAUGACAAUACAAUAAUGCAGAAUGGUGGAGAGUGUUUGCGUGCUUAUGUAUCAGUUGCCCUGGAGCAGAUUGCUCAGUGGCAAGAUGAGCAUGGGCACAGUGGACUUUGGUAUGUGAUGCAAGUAGUUGGCCAGUUACUGGAUCCUCGCACUUCUGAAUUCACUGCAGCAUUUGUUGGACGUCUGGUGUCUACUCUUAUCUCCAAGGCUGGACGAGAGCUGGGUGAAAAUCUGGACCAGAUCCUGAGAGCUAUCCUCAGCAAGAUGCAGCAGGCAGAAACUCUAAGUGUCAUGCAGUCCUUGAUCAUGGUGUUUGCACACCUUGCACAUUCACAAUUGGAGCCCCUGCUUGACUUUCUUUGUAGUCUUCCUGGCCCCACUGGGAAACCUGCCCUGGAGUUUGUCAUGUCAGAGUGGAUGAGUCGCCAACACUUGUUCUACGGGCAGUAUGAAGGCAAAGUUAGUUCCAUAGCAUUGUGUAAGAUCCUGCUGUAUGGUAUUACAAUGGAUGACAAGAGGCUUAAUGAUAUAAAGGUUAAAGGGGAAGAAAUUUUUAACUUGGAGGAGGGAAUACGCACCAGAUCAAAGGCUGCCAAAAAUCCAGAACGGUGGACAACAAUACCCCUUCUUGUUAAGAUAUACAAACUAAUUAUAAAUGAGUUGUCCAGUAUUAUGGAAGCCAAUAUUAACCGUCAUACAGACGAGGAGUGGGUUCAAGGGAAUGGUGAUAAUCCCAGUGACAUGUGGGAAGAUCAGGAUGAUGAUGACGAUGAAGGCUUAGCAGGGCAGCUGUUAUCAGACAUCCUUUCCAGCAAUAAAUAUGAUGAAGACUAUUAUGAAGAUGAUGAAGAGGAUGACCCUGAUGUGUUGAAGGAUCCUCUCUACCAGAUUGAUUUGCAGACUUAUUUAACAGAAUUUCUGCAGCAGUUUGCUCAGCAGCCGUGCUUCUCUGCAUUCUCUAAUCAUCUUAAUGACAAUGAGCGACGUAUUCUCCAAUCAAUUGGGAUCUGAGAUUAGACCUGUUCAGCUAUCUGGAUGUACUCUGUAACAACCCGUGACCAAAGCAGGUGCCAUUGGAAAGAGGAAAAAACAUUGAACUUUGUUGUGGCAUCUUGUGAGAAAGUUUUGAUGUUCAAAAGUGACUGAAACAGUGGAGCCUAAUGUGACUUUGUACAGUUGGUUCUAAUGUACUGUGAACUCAGUUGGAACUUUUAUUAAUGCAUUAUUUUUCUCCUGAAGUUGGUCCUGUGGUCGUUUGAGUUCAGUGCAGUUUUUGCAAGGUAUCUAUUUCACACUAACUUUAAGGGACAUUAUCUACGCUUGUGCGUAAAGAUAUAAUGCCCACUUUUCAGAGUAGAAUAAGGUUGUAAAUACUUUUAGCAAGUUACACCUUCCCUUUGACAACAUUAGUAUAAAAUUAUUGGUGAUGCUGUGACAUUUCUCCUAGUUCUUAUUCAAUGUUUGUCACAUUUACCAUACCAGCUCAAAUAAAAUUUAACAGUG